GUAAUCAUUUUGUUUCUCUUGUUACAGUCAACAAGCAAAUCAACGACAAAGAGAGGAUCGCCGCCGCAAUGGAGAAUCCGAACUUAAGAAAUCUAGUAGAGAACUGUAUAGCCGACGAAGAAUAAUAACUUACCACAAUGGCGCCCGAUGCCGCAUUCUCAAACAUAAGCGACAAAAAUGAAUUUACCAAGUUCACUAAAUUCCUAGCGUACAAAGGCGUCCAAGUUAUAGUAGAAUCGAGGAAAGGGGUAAAAAUAGAGCCUAAUAGUAAGCCACAAUCGUCUGACACGGAUUGGUUCAAUCUCCAGAUACCAGAUACAGCUGAUGUCAACCAAGCUACGAAGAACGCUCUCCCAUCUGACAGAGUCCUCGAAACCAUCAGGUCACAGCUACACGUAGAAAUAUCCGUACAGACUGAAGAUGGAGACGAGAUGGUACUCGAAUUGUGGACGCUAGAACUAGAUGAGACACAAUUCGACACUUCAUUGAAGGCCAUGAACACAGUCUACUUCCGGAUGGGGAUAUUGCUAAAGUCCUUGAUCACGGUGACGAGAAUAACACCCGCAUAUCAUCUGUCGAGGAAGCAGAGAACAGAAUCUUUCACCAUCUUCUAUAGAGUUUACAGCGGGCCACCGAAAGUUAAGGCUCUAGGAGAAUCAGUCAAGAAAAUACAAGCGGGUAUGUUGAAGACCCCAUUAGGCGCAAUAUGCUUCUCAGUAUCUUACAGAACCAACUUUUCUAUAUCCCCAAAUAGGACGGAGAAGAACAAGCUGCUUUUGUUAAAGAGUGACCACUUCGAACUGAGUCCGAAACAUGUGAUAUUUGAGUCAAAGAAGAAGAAAGACCAAAAGCAGAAAGAACCUAAACCUUUCGGUCCCGUGGACUUGAACAGGCCGCUACGGUUGGCUGCCUUUGUCGACGAAAAUGUUAUCAGACAAGCUUUCGAAGAUUUUUUCACUAAGAUUCCGAUCCCUAAGUCUAGGAAGCGGCCUAAAACACCUUCUAACUCUAGUCCAGCCGAGCUGAAGAGUACCCAAGAGAUGAAUAUCUCAACAUUGUCCAAAAGUCCUACCUCUUUGGAAAUGCCACCAAAGAAAUUUUCGGGUUUCCGAAAUGAGAAUGAACCGCCUUUAAAACUGUUACAUUUUCCUUUCGCCGACAACCACCCAAUACGGGAGCUCGCUGAGUUUUACAAAGACUUCUUCAACGCGCCUCAUUUAAAGUUAGCCGACGAUCUGGUUCGGUGCAAGUCCAUGAGUCCGGAGUCUGUGAAAGAGAUGGAGCUAGCGAAUGAAGAUUUAUCGAAGGACCUUGUAUUGUAUGAGAACUCUGUUCUGGAGUUCGACGAGCUGCUCGCUGAUAUGUGUAGAUCGGCCGAAUGGAGCGGGAAUUGAGGGAUCAAGUGUACCAGAAAAUAUGAAUAGAAUUAAGCACAGUGUAAUGAGGUGCUCGCGUGUGAAGGCACAAAGGACAUCACUAAAUUGCGUACAUCUGCGACUGCAUUAGUGGGUUUCUAGCUUUUUUUUUAAUUUUCACAUAUCUUUUGAUUUCAAUGUGAAGCUUUUUGCCUAAAUGUCUGAUUAUCUAUAAAGUUUACUUUGCUCAAUAUAUAACAGCCUAGCUUAGUACAGUAUGAGCACCUCAUUCAACUGUGUUCUCUAUACAUAAUUUUGUGGGUGAUGGGACAAGACUGAUUUAUCUGGAUGAUUUUAUGGAUUUUGGAUGGAAUGGAACGAUUGUGACUGUGAACUGUGUUGCUUAAUUGUAUCCCACUGAAAUGUUGAAUAUAGUGUCGAGAUAUUUAUGAUGUUGUAAAUAGUUAUAUGUGAAUUAUUGAUUGUUCUGUUCAAAUUUAUAAACUGAUUGUUAUAUAAGAGUGUUUCUUUAAUAUUCAAUAAUACAAUAUAAAGUAGUGAUCAUGUGUUGAUAAAUGUAUCGUUAGAUACUUCAAAUACUCUGUAAUCAAAAUAUUCGAAUAAGACUAUUUACAUGCCCAUAUCAAUCUAUUAUAGCAUAUGUGAUAGAAAUUGACAGCACUUUUCAAAUAUUAUUUAUAUUUUAUUCGGUGUAUGGUUCCAUGUAUGCAGCAUUGUGUAAUUCUGCUAUUAUUAGUGUUUGUAUAUAUUAUUUAAUAUAUAUUUAGUUUUCCUCGUUUUCCAAUUAUUUUUAAUUUCACCUCUUAUGUUAGGUUUAUCUAAAAGUUAGUUUUACCACCAAGUUAUUUUUACCCCCAAAAUCAGCCUGACAAUGGCUAUGAUUUUUAAUAGCGGGCUUGACGUAAGAUUUGGGCCAGUUACAAUACUUUAUAUACAUAAGAUCUGUUUUACAUUUAUACCACCGUUUCUUUAUUUUCCUUCUGCCAUAUGCUGAACUCGAUUAUAGAAUCUUCUGAAAUAUUUUUUAUUAAGUACCUACUUAUUAUUCAUAUUGUCCUUUCGAGGGUAAGCAAAUAUUGUUUUUUCUUUUUGGAUUGUUGCUAGUUUGAAAUUAUUAAAGUUUAUCCGUUCUGUUCUGUUCCGAGUGAAUGCCCUAACCUUAUAACAUUCCUUGAACAAAGAAAAUUAUAAUAUAUGUGACUGAAAAUUCGCACUUCGAAAAAUUAUGUUAAGCCCUUGCUAGGUUUGUCGAACGGACAGGCGGCAACUUUUCUUUUCUACACCGCCGCCAUUCAUUCGUUUGUUUUUAAAAUUCAGUUUAUAAAUAGUUGUUAUAGAUUAAAUAGGUAUACUUCUUGACAUGGAAUUAGUGUUAAAUAUACUUUUUUUCUGGCCAGUGAACUGUUAUGAUCACAAACCUACAUUUCAUAUUGUCUGGUAUUGAGGCUAAACAAUUAAUAGUUGAUUUAAAAUGCGUAGUUAUUAUGUUUUCUUGAAAUUUUGGUUACACAUUUCUCCACACACUUGAAUAAAUAAAACAUGACAUAUUA